CCUAACACAAAACGUAUCAAAUAUCACUUCCUCGUCUAAAGAUCUUUAUAUUUAUUUUUAAAUAAUAUAUAGCUAUACCACAUGCUAAAACUAUCAUUCUUCAAGCUGAAAGUACAUAGCUAAUACGUGUAAAACAGAUAUAUACCCGGAAAUUAAAGAUGCUUUACGCGGUUGUAUUCGGAUGUCUUCUGGCAACAUCUUGGUCGUUUGAUAUCAUGGACCUCGAAUGGGAAUUAUACAAGUCAUCGUAUGGCAAGCAGUAUGAGCCUCAUGUUGAGAAAAUACGACGAUACAUUUGGGAAGAUAACUUGAAGUUUAUAAAACAACAUAAUAUGGAGGCGACACGAGGACUUCAUACAUAUAUUUUGGGCAUGAACAAAUACGGUGAUAUGACCAAUACAGAAUUUGUUAACACUAUGAAUGGGUACAAACAAAAUGUAACCAGUGGCAUCUGUAAGAAAUAUACGAUGUCACCGAAAACAUCCAUGACGUCAUUGCCAGCAUCCGUGGAUUGGAGGGAUAAGGGAUACGUCACUGGCGUUAAAGAUCAGGGUCAAUGUGGAUCUUGCUGGUCAUUCUCAAGCACUGGUUCCCUCGAAGGACAAAACUUCAAGAAAACUGGCAAACUAGUUUCCCUAUCCGAGCAAAAUUUGAUAGAUUGUUCAACAGGUGAAGGAAACGAUGGAUGCAAUGGCGGUUUAAUGGAUCAAGCGUUUGCUUACGUCAUCAAAAAUGGCGGAAUUGAUACUGAGGCAUCAUAUCCGUAUGUUGGAAAGGAAGGACCAUGUAAGUACAAUAAACAAAACAUCGGAGCUGCUGCGAAAGGCUGCAAGGAUAUCAAAGCAGGAUCUGAAACGGAAUUGCAAACUGCUGUAGCUGCUGAGGGUCCUAUCUCUGUUGCCAUAGAUGCCAGCCACACUUCCUUCCAGUUCUACAAAUCUGGAGUUUAUAACGAAGUUAUGUGUUCACCGAUUAAACUUAAUCAUGCUGUACUUGUUGUGGGGUAUGGCAGUCUCUCCAACAUUGACUACUGGCUCGUAAAGAACAGCUGGGGCGAAAGCUGGGGUCAGAAUGGUUACAUAAUGAUGUCACGAAACAGAAACAACCAAUGUGGAAUCGCAUCGAUGGCAACAUUUCCCAUCAUGUAACUUUCAUAGGAUCAUGUGUCACUUAUACAGACGGCAGAAGCUUUGCAACUCAUUUCAAAUAAUCUAUAUCUUAAAACAUUUGCUUUCCAUAUCAAUAUCCACGAUGGAUCAUGUUUGUUAUGACGUCACUUAUAGAUCUUCAUGAUUCUGAUGUCACCAUUUUCUUGUUUAUUUUUAGAAACCCGAUGUUUUGCAAACUUACAUUUCAUUUGAUUACCUCUUCGUUAUUUGUCUUUUCUUGUGUAUUUAAAAAGAAUGUUGGACUCCGAUCAGAAGCAAGACAGAUAAGGACUUUACGCGCGAGUUGUCAAAUCAAUAGUCUAGAAAGAAGAAAUAAAAUAAAUGAAUACUUUUUCUUAAACCUUGCAAAUUAGAGAUUAGAAUCUAGAUGAAAAUAAAUGAGAAAACGAUAA